CACGAUAACUUUUGAAGUUUAGAUUGUACUUUUUUGCAUCACUUGGCCGGCUUUUCCUCAUUACGUAUGAACGUACAAUUACGACGCAAAAUUGCAUAUUGUCUCUAGAGAUAGAGGUUAUCCUCUUAAUUGUCAGGAUAUUGUCUUUUCGAAAAUUGUAGACUAAAAUUAUGACGCAAAGGUCAAACUCUGUGGAAAUUCGCGAUUUAGAGGACAUCACAACUCCUAUUGGAGAGCGUCUUUCUGGAAAAUAUAAGCGGAGUUUUGCUUACACUACUAUAAAGGACAGAUUGCCAGUAAUUUUAACUAAAAUAGUCGACACACUGAGUCGGGUUAAACAAGAGAUCAUUCAAAAGUAUGGAGGGGAAACCGCAGAGGAGAUAAAGCACAUAAUCGGUCUUAUCAGUCAGCUGAAGAGCGAGCUGGUGACAAAUAAGAUCUUGAAACCGCUAAAACUGAUCCCCGGAAAGGUUGAUGAUGAUGCCGUGGUUUGGAAUACAUUUUUGGAAAAAAGAACUGAGAUUGAAGGAGCAACGCCAAUGUGGUUUAAUACAAUUUGGCUCUAUUGCGAAUGCUACAUGUAUCGUAGAAUUGCCCAAGAAUUAGCUCUCACGCAUAGGUUGAAAGAUUACGACCCUUUCGAAAAUCAGAAACAGGAUAGUUUCAAUAAAUCUUUGAACAGCAUAAUUGUUGUAAGUCAGUUCGUCAUAGAUCUUAUAAAUAGAAAAGCAAAUGUUUCAGCAACGGAAGUGCAGACUCAGUUUUUUAAACUACUGAAAUUGAAUCUCUGGGGAAACAGGUGUGACCUGUCUCUAAGUGGGGGAGCAGAAAGUAGUCAAAGUGUAAAUCCACUUGAACUCUUAGACUCUUUUGAAAAAGAUAUACUCGUAAAUGAUUCCCAAUUUCUCUGGGACCUUCUAAGCAAAAAUAAUUCUAGCACAAUCGACAUCGUUUUAGAUAAUUCCGGAUACGAAGUUUUCACCGACUUGUGUUUAGCUGCAUUCUUAACGAAUUAUAAACUAGCCGCGAAAAUUCGAUUUUACGUUAAACGGUAUCCCUGGUUCGUUAGCGACGUUACGGUCAAAGAUUUUCACUGGACGGUCGAAACUAUGAAAGAUUCUAGUGACGAGAAUCUGAAAUCUCUGGGCGAAAUCUCUUUCAAUUAUUUAAAAACGAAAGUCUGGACUGUGGAGGAAGAAAAAUUCUGGACUGAACCCUAUAAUUUCUCAGAAAUGAAGGAACAGGAUCCCACGCUCUAUGCAAAAAUCUCAGAAGCCUCUUUGGUCAUUUUCAAAGGCGACCUAAAUUAUCGAAAACUAUUGGGGGACAUAAACUGGAAAUACACGACCAGCUUUGUUCAGGCUUUGCAAGGAUUCAAACCCACAAACGUGGCAAGUCUGCGGACAUUGAAAUGCGAUAUUUGCGUUGGAUUGUCUCCUGGUCAGGCCGAGGAGACAGAAAAAACAGACACAGAUUGGUUAAUCACUGGGAAAUACGGCGUGAUUCAAACAACCAUGAACACCACAUGGGACCAAGAAAAUCAUAAUUGUUUUAAAAAGUAAAGGCAUUUCUAAUUUGAAUAUCUGAAAAAACACAUCAGUGUUUAGUUCAAUAUACAUUAAAUUCUUGCUAUGUAAAUAUACAUAACUGAUUUUGUACAUAGAAUCACUUUCCACUUCCAAGUGUACAUUCUGUGAUUACAAACUUAUAUGUGCGUAUAAAAUACGCCAAAAAAUUGUGAUUCUUAGACAUAUAUGAAUGGAUGAAAAUGAAAAAGUUGGAAUUA